AUGGACGGAGCGACGCCGGAAAAUAAGUCUUCUUCCGGCCACAAACGUUUGAGCGUGAGUUUUAUCGUAUCUCUAAUGGUUCUCUGCGCCAAGCACGCGAGUCGUCUCUCCAAGAAGCUAAAGCUAAAGCCAAAGAAGCGAACUCACGUCGAAGAUUCCGGUGCCGGAGAAAGAUUCCGAUGGAAUCUAAAUAGCUCGACGAUGAGAUCUCCUCGGCCAAAAGAGUUGUUCACGGCUUUGAGAAACAAGGCGAUGACGAUGGUUCGCCGGAGAAACACCGGAUACGACGGUGGAUUUAAGCCGGAGGAGAAGAAGAAGACGGCGGUGACGGAGGAGGAGCACGGUGUUUGGCAGAGAGAGAUUUUGAUGGGAGGCAAAUGUGAGCCGUUGGAUUUCUCCGGUGUGAUUUAUUACGACUGCAACGGACGGCAAUUAAAGGAGUUGCCUCCGAGAUCGCCACGUGGCACUCCGUUGCCUAAUUAUCCGACCCGUCUUAAGUCGGGUCGAUUUUAA